GGGGUCCAUCACUGGGAGAAUAGAGUGGAUCCCUACUGUGGACACACAGCAACAUGGAUGGAUCUAAAAACACAGUUCUUAGUGAAAAUAAAAGAAACAGAGGUGGUAUUAACACAAUAUCAUGUACACGAGUUAAAAACAGCAGCAUGCAAAAUAGUGUUCAUUUUGGGGAAAAAAAAUGGAUCAGAAUGGGUGCCUAUGAAGGUCGGAGAAUGGGAUUGGGUAUAGGGAUAAAAGGGAAUAAAUAAAUAUACAGAAGAAUGAGAAGAGCCUGACACACCACCCGUUUACCUUUCCCCCUCCUUGUUCACCCUCACCCCAAGGGAAAUUCCCAGAAGUAAUCGUAGGACGCACUGCCCCGUGACCUUUCCCUCAGUUUAAUUUAGCCUUCACACUGUCUUUUUCAUGACUGAGUAAUAUUCUGGCCAGAAUUUAAAAUCAUUAUUUACUGUUGAGAAUUGAGGUGAUUGCUAUGUCUCCCCUAAGUAGCAGCAACUGUCCAACCUUGUCAGGAUGGUGUUUCUCCAGACACCCCCUCCCACCACGCCCCACAGGGCUGCUUUACGACAUUCACGGGCCCCUUCCCCCAGUAACAAAAAAGUAAAAAUAUAUUUUUUUUGACUGCAUUGGUACAAUGAUGAAUAUAACCCAGGGUGGACUCAUAAUUAUAUACUUAUCAUUAGUUUAUUCAUUUUUUCUUCUGAAUUUGAAAGAUUAAAAUUAAUUUCCAUGGGCCACUAACCUUCUGGAUAAGUUUUCUCUGUCUCAUGAGUUAUAAACGAAAUCAGAGGCCCAGCCUGGAGGAGAACACAAGACUCCACCAUGAUAAACAGAUACGCUAGGACCCACACUGGUUUCCAUCCGUCUUGAUGAAGGCCACACAGACCAUGCAUGGGGCAGAGGCAGAGGCGUGUCCUGCUCUUGCAAGUGGGCACAAACUGCCUCCAGCCAGUCACUUGCUGAGGGACCUACCACAGAUGGUGUUCUGGGCCCAGACCUGGACAGUGACAGAAGACUACAUUUCCCAGAAGCCUCCUCUCCCAGAACCCGCCCUCUGCUUCGAAAGCUGUUACCAUGGAGAUGGGCUAACAGAUGGCACGGGCUGUCCUCAGAGGGGUGAGGAGGGAGCAGAGGACCUGAGGUAGCUGGUGGCAGGCGGGAGAUCUGCAAAUGUCAGAAAGGUGUCACAGACGUGCUGGCACCAAGCAAGACUUUCUGCGUGAUGGAAGGAGAGUUUCAGAGGGGCUUGCUUCCCCCCUCUAAACCGCCUCCCAGAGACACAGGUGGUCUUGGUGGCAGAAGGGGGCCAUUCUGAGUGCAUUUCUCCUUCCCACGGGGACUCUGUCUCGAGACAGCCGGGGACGUGCCGGGAUGGAGGUCCUGAAGGAGAAAGUGGAGGAGGAGGAGGAGGCCGAGCGGGAAGAGGCAGCCGAGAGGGGCGAGAAGGUUAUGAGGCCCGUGGAGAUGCGGAGGGAGGAACCGCCCAUGACGCAGGAGAUGCUCAGAGACCUAGAGAAGAAGCUGUCAGAGAUUGAGAUCGUCAUCCCGGAGCAGCCCUCGAUCAUUACCAGGGACACCUUCGACAUCUCCAAGCUCCCCCUCUCCUACCAAAGCAACACGCUCAAGGAGGAACACUUGCUGCAGGUGGCAGACAAUUUCGCCCGCCAGUAUAGCCACCUGUGCCCGGACCGUGUGCCCCUCUUCCUGCACCCGCUGAACGAGUGCGAAGUGCCCAAGUUCGUGAGCACAACCAUCCGGCCCACGCUGAUGCCCUACCCCGAGCUCUACAACUGGGACAGCUGUGCCCAGUUUGUCUCAGACUUCCUCUCCAUGGUGCCCCUGCCUGACCCCCUUCAGCCGCCCUCGCACCUGUAUUCCUCGACCACGGUGCUCAAGCACCAGAAGGGGAACUGCUUCGACUUCAGCACGCUGCUCUGCUCCCUGCUCAUCGGCGCCGGCUACGACGCCUACUGCAUCAACGGCUACGGCUCUCGGGACCUGUGCCAAAUGGACCUGACGCGGGACGUGUGCCCGCUCACCAUGAAGCACAAGGAGGUGGUCCAGGAGGAAGAAAAGGUACCACCUAAGAAGUACGCCAUUAAACCGCCCAGAGACCUGAGCAGCAGGUUCGAGCAGGAGCAGGAAAUGAAGAAGCAGCAGGAGAUCAAAGCGGAGGAGGAGAAGCGGCGGAAGGAGGAGGAACAGCGCCUCCUGGAGGUGGAGAAAGCAAAGAUCGACCCCUUGCAUGGCCUACGGGUACACGCCUGGGUCCUGGUGCUGUCGGGGAAGCGUGAGGUGCCUGAGAGCUUUUUCAUCGAUCCGUUCACGGGGCGCAGCUACAGCACCCAGCAUGACCACUUCCUGGGCAUUGAGAGCCUCUGGAACCAUAAGAACUACUGGGUCAACAUGCAGGACUGCUGGAACGGCUGCAAGGACUUGGUGUUUGACCUGGGAGACCCUGUGAGGUGGGAGUACCUGCUCCUGGGGACAGAUAAGGCCCACCUGUCUAUGGCUGAGGACGAGGAGGACGGAAUGAAUGAUGAUGAAGAUGUGGAGAACCUGGGCAAGGAGGAUGAAGAUAAGAGUUUCGACAUGCCAUCCUCAUGGGUAGAGAAGAUUGAGGUCUCUCCGGAAGUGUUCGAGACCCGCUGCCCAAAUGGGAAGAAGGUGAUCCAGUACAAGAGGGCGAAGCUGGAGAAGUGGGCACCGUAUCUCAACAGCAACGGCCUCGUGUGCCGCCUCACCACCUACGAGGACUUGGAGUGUACCAAGACUUUGGAGAUAAAGGAGUGGUACCAGAACCGGGAGGACAUGCUAGAGCUGAAACACAUCAACAAGAGCACGGGCCUGAAUAUCGACUACUUCAAGCCAGGCCAUCCCCAGGCUCUGCGUGUGCACUCGUACAAGUCCAUGCAACCUGAGAUGGACCGCGUCAUGGAGUUUUACGAAACAGCCCGUGUGGAUGGCCUGAUAAAGCGGGAGGAGACACCGAAGACAAUGACGGAGUAUUACCAGGGACGGACUGACUUCCUCUCCUACCGCCACGUGGAUUUCGGGGAGAGGGUCAAGAAGUUGGCUCUGAACAGCGCGGAGUCAAACCCCCGGCCAAUGGUGAAAAUCACAGAGCGGUUCUCCCGCAACCCUGAGAAGCCCGCAGACGAGGACGUAGCCGAGCGCGUGUUUCUGAUCCUGGAGGAGCGCAUCCGGCUGCGCUACCACUGCUGGGACGACCGCAUCACGGCCUCCAAGCGCGAGUUCCUGCGGCGCACGGAGGUGGACAGCAAGGGCAACAAGAUCAUCAUGACGCCCGACAUGUGCAUCAGCUUUGAGGUGGAACCCAUGGAGCACACCAAGAAGCUGCUCUACCAGUACGAGGCCAUGAUGAAGCUGAAGAACGAGGAGAAGCUGUCCAGACAUCAGGCCUGGGAGUCGGAGCUGGAGGUGCUGGAGAUCCUGAAGCUUCGAGAGGAGGAGGAGGAGGUGCACACCCUGACCAUCUCCAUCUAUGACGCCAAGCGCAAUGAGAAGAGCAAAGAGUAUCGGGAGGCCAUGGAGCGCGUGAUGCACGAGGAGCACCUGCGGCAGGUGGAGGCCCAGCUGGACUACCUGGCCCCGUUCCUGGCCCAGCUCCCUCCGGGAGAGAAGCUGACGCGCUGGCAGGCCAUGCGGGUCAAGGACGAGUGCCUCAGUGACUUCAAGCAGCGGCUCAUCGACAAGGCCAACCUCAUCCAGGCCCGUUUUGAAAAGGAGACCCAGGAGCUGCAGAAGAAGCAGCAGUGGUACCAGGAGAACCAGGUGACCUUGACGGCCGAGGUCGAGGACUGGUACCUGAGUUACUGCUCUCAGGCCAUGUUCCGCAUCCGCAUCCUGGAGCAGCGGCUCCACCGCCACAAGGAGCUGGCCCCGCUCAAGUACCUGGCUCUGGAGGAAAAGCUCCACAAGGACCCACGCCUGGUGGAGUUCCUGAAAGUCUUCGUCUGAUGCUCGGCCGAAGCCGAAGCUGCCAGAGCAAGAACCCGCCUCCACGGCCUGGCCCCUGGGCUCUCUACAGCCAGCAAAUGACCGUCCCCUCCAGCGCCUGACCUCACUGCCACCCCGCCUCCCAGCAGCCCUGUCUCUCCUGCUUCUCAUGACUUUCCUGUAAAUAAA